AUGACUGAGAAACAUUUUACAUUACGCAAUCCAUUUGCGGGGCCAAAGCAGAACUUGUAUAAUCUGCUUCAUAUUCCAAAUGGAUCAGAGUCCUCGUCUAAUGGAUCAAGUGCAACGCCGUCUAGAGCUGCUUUAAAUUCAGGGUCUGAUAUGAGUCUGAGUCCUGGGCCGUCAUCUGGUCCGGUAUCAGCAGGACGACGUGGUUCAAAUAGUGCUGGUUCAGCUCUUAUGGCCGUGGAUACCAACUCCAGAACUGAUAUGCCUGGUGACGUUGGUGGACAAGAAACUGAUACACUUGGUCCAUUACCAUCUGAACAAGAGGUAAAUGCUUCUAUUUUGAACUCACAGCCUCCUUUAAGACCUACUACCACUGCUGAUAGUUAUUUAUCAACCCUGUCACGCGUGGAAUCAAAUGGAUUUGGUCCUACUAAUACAAAUAACCUGUACUCAUACUGUUUGGGCAAACCCAGGAACCUCAUUAGUUCUCAUUCAGGAACAGUCACCCUGGCACUUUCAGUUCAGGAGCCAGCAGUGUUUUUGUCAUGCUGUCCUCCAGGGGCUCUGUCGUAUCGAGAUUUGGGUAUCGACACUGCUGGUAAUACUGUAGAUAGACAUCCCAGUCCAGAUAUCAGUAUCCCAUCGCCAAGUGAACCAACCUCUGCAGCUGCCAAAGCUCGUUCAAGAGUUGGUCUUGGACCACGGAAUUCGAACCAGCCUGGACAAAACGAGAGCUCAAAUUCGGGCUCCACGUUCCCAAGAAUUUCUACUACAACCACGUCUACAAACCCUUUAGCACCUUCAUCAUCAAAUAAUAAUGGCUCUUCGUCAUCUGCAUCUACCAACACAUCUGCCAACCAUACUCACGGUCAAUCGCCUCCUCCAGAACGACUGUCCGACCAAUCACCAUCUACACUGCGAGGAUCUAUUCUAUUAAAACUCACAAAACCAACCAAACUCAAGCAGAUCUCACUGUCAUUUUAUGGCAUUUCUAAAACCGUAUGGUCACAGACCAAUAAAAUGACUCCUUUAGAAGAAAUGCAUAAUCAACCAGGAGCUGAAGUACAAGACCUGGUAUUUGUCAAUAGUCACGAUUGGGAAUUCCUCCCUGAAGGGUCCUCUACACAAGGGUCUGGUGAUUCAGAUCAAUCACUGACCACUAUUACAACCGAUCUUUACGGAGCAGAUGCUGUACUACUCAAAUCCAACACUGGCGGUGAAGAUACUGUUCGUGUUAAAGACUGCUCUAGAAGCACUAUCAGUCACAAUAGUGCUACUCGAACGGUAGCAGACUCUAACAACGAAAUUCCAUUAUUUGCACCUCGACUAACACCAAAACGCAAACAUCGACAUCCAGCUACUGCUUCUCACAAAGAAGCAGUUUUAUUCCCUGCUGGCGAAUAUGUAUACAAUUUUACACUUGCAAUUGAUGCCAGUACCCCCGAAACUGUGCAUGUCCCACACGGAUCUAUUCAAUAUUUCCUCGUCCCCAAAGUUGUACGAUCAGGGGCAUUCACCCUCAAUCUUCAAGAAAAACAAGAAGUCGAGCUCAUCCGCAGUCCUCCCAAUAAUUAUGACACUUCAUUCAAUAAUCCCAUUGUCAUUUCCCGUAUUUGGGAUAGUAGACUUCACUACGAGAUUGUCAUUCCACAAAAAUACGUGACUCUUGGCACGUCAAUUCCAGUGGCUAUAAAACUCACACCCCUUGAAAAAGUUAUGGUUCACAGAGUACGAAUCCAAGUAUAUGAGACAACUCAAUACAAGUAUUCACCUGAGCCCCAUAUAGAAUGCACGGAAAUCUCUCUCAAAGUAGCAUUAUAUGAGAGAAAGGCUACUACUAACGGAGUUGUCGAGCUUACGGAUUCUGGUACUAUUCAAGUGGGCCAGAAAACACCUGAUGAUGGUAUGCGAAAAGCCAUUCCGGCACAUAUGAUCGAAGAUGACUUCUAUCCUUCUAGCAGUAGAUCCGCAUCAGCAGCAUCUAGAUCGAGUGCCCCUACAGGCUCCAACUCUAAUGCUGCUUCAAAUGGCAAUUCUCGCACUGCCAGUGCUGGAUUGAGUUCUAGUUCUGAAGAAAAUAUAGUAGCCGGAUCUCAUUUGGACGACAACAAUUCCCAUAGAAAGCUCUCUGGAAACCUCCUCAACACGGGACGAGGAUACGACACUGACUGUGAGGAGUCGACAUCGACCUAUUUCAAUUGUACAAUCCCUCUUGUUUCAAAUAAAGAGACAUGGCCUGCCGAAAAGCUUCCUGCACAAUAUGCCAAUGUCCCUGGCACACCCAUUCCGAACAGUAGUGUCCAGUAUCUUCGACCGGAUUCCAUCUCCAGUCCAUACAUCCGGGUUCGUCACCGGCUCGUUGUCUCAUUCCGGAUCUCAAAACAAGACAUUGACGACGAGAAACGACGACACUUCGAGGUCAAAGUCGACACACCCAUCAACCUCCUAUCGGCCAAAUGUAUUGGCGGAAACGUCGAACUCCCACGUUAUGACAACUUCUCCGUUGACCAAUACAUCUCGCCCGACGGACCACUUGGCAAUCUACCAUCCUUCGACGACGCUCUCGCAGCCAUCACCGAUGACGAGCUCUACGUCCGGCCACCCAUCACCCAAGCCCCUGCCGUCCCAUCGCCACCACCCGAGUACUCGUCACUGGACUUUGAAUGA